UGAAAAUCACAAAUUAUAUUUCAGCCUUUAUUCUGGCUACGGCGACUGCUACCACUGCUACUUCUACCAUGGACAUAGACCUGCUCGAGGGUCUACCUGAAUACUUGGAAGGACAGGACGAAUACCACGGAUGACCAUUGUAUUUCAAAAACAACUGCGAUUAUACACUCCUUGUUUGGCGAUCCGAUGGGCGAUCCACCAUCAAGCUUGAGAGUUUCCCUGGAGGAAGGACACUAUCCAAUCACACCAUGGUCAAGAAUCCCGCACACGAAACGAUUAUUACCUAUGUAAUUUCGCCCUAUGACAAGAUCCCCAUGAAUGGGAAGGGCGGCAUCCAGCUGAUUUACAAUCUCCGCGAUACACCGACAGACAUGGACUUUACCACACAAGUCACCGUCUUGCAUAAGAACCCGUUUGGCUUUCGUGACUAUACGUUUGCUACUGUUCUUCACAACUUUUGCGACGGCGGACAAUAUUCAUGGGUGGAUACUAGUCGGAAAACACAUAACCAUUUCAAGUGUCAGGACAACGGGCGUAAAUUCUCCUAUGCAGCAAUCUGGAUGUUCUUUUGCAUGGAGAAGCCAAAGCUAGAAGGGUAGAUGACGACUAUAUGUAGCUGCAUGUGUCGACAGUAACGCAUGGCCAACUACUUGGAAUGGAGGACGAUGAAGAAUACCAACUAGAACGUUGAUAAAACGAUACUGACUCACGGCAUAGUUAGUUAAAAAAACAACUAAAAAUCUAAAUAUAAGUUUACUAUGAACCAUUGGGGCUGACUUCACAUUAGCGCUUUGCCACUGAUGAUGCCCUCAGCCACAUUGUUGAAACCCUCCGGCUGUCGCCCAUCUCCGCUUCGCAGAGGUCAAAUAAGGUAAAAACUUUGUAAUUAAGUUAGCGAUUCAUGUUAUAUUAGGAUUUUUUAGUGGCUCACGGCGCUCUACCGGCAUCUGGCGCACGCAUUGCGUAGACUUUGGCGCUAGCUGCGUCAGCCCGUCUGGCGCCACCAGGAAAAGCCAGACUGGAAUGGGCUAGGGUUCAAAUCUUGCUAAGCCUAUACGCGUACGAUGCGUCUUAAAAUGAGGCGUAGCCCUGUCGUCGGAGGACGUUCAGCUAAGCUUUUGCCUACUGCACGGUAUAUGCCACAUCUGGUGAGAUCUAAGCGAGACCGGGGGCGGCAUAUGCUGCUCCAAAAAAGGGAGACUAUAGAAAACAUGAGUCGAUAUAGGUAGCUUUGUAAAAUGACCGUAUGCAUGGAAACUAUUAAAGAGUCGUUGCCUGCUCUACAUGCUCGUCCCAUCUUUUCGGUCAAUUGCUCUAUUUGUAUACUACCCAUGGAUUAAAACUUUUUUUUCUAUCUGUUUCUUUCUUUUGUUUCAUCGUUCUUGCCAAUACUUGAUAUCAUUUCACGUCAGC